AUGCCCUUUCUGGCCGAGCCGAAUGACCUGGUGGACAUAAAACAAAGAGAUAAUGAACCUUUAAAGGACUACAUUCAACGUUUUAUGCGGGAAGCCACCAGAGUGAAAUCCCUCAGUGGUGAUGGUAAAUUGAUAGCCAUAAAUUCAGGAAUCAAAGUAAAGAUUUUGUUAUGGAGCAAUUUGAAAAGGAAAUCUGCACGUACCACUCAGGAGUUCCUUGAUUGGGCAGAGGAAUUCAUCAACCUUGAAGAAGCCAAGCGAAAGGCAGUUGUAUCGUACAGAAGACCUCCAUCAAUUAGGAAGGAUGUUAACAAAUGGGAUAUGACUAAGUUCUGUCGGUUUCACAAUGACUAUGGUCAUGAAACCAAUGAAUGUAACCACCUAAAGGAGAAGAUAGAAUUCCUCAUUCGGCAAAACAAUGCCCAUCUGAAGAGCUAUGUAUGGUCGGCUGUCGACCAGCAUCCUCAACAGCCUCCUCAGCAACAGUCUCAACAGUAUCAAAGCAAUCAUCCUCUCCUACUGCCACCAGUUGCUAGUCAACUAGAUAUGAUAUGUGGCGAACUACAUUUGGCCAAAAACUCCGGCAAAGCUCGAGAAAGAUAUGCUUGUUCCCUUAGGCACGAGCAAGAGGAAGAUGCACUAGCUGUCCAGGAGCGUACUCCCAAACAGCCUCGCUACGAGUGUGAGCCCAUCACACUCAGCGACGAAGACACAAGUCACAUACAUCAUCCACAUAAUGAUUUUUUUGUAGUAGAAGUACAGAUCGCUAAUAUGAUCGUGGCCCAAACGAUGAUUGACCAUGGGUCAUCUGCCAACAUCUUGUUCAAAAGUACCUUGGAAAGGAUGAAUUUGAGCAUCAGAGAUCUGGAACCAUGCGAGUAG